AUGACCAAGUGCCGAGCGACCCCGUCGUGCAGCGUCCCGAUGGGAAUCGACUCCUACUGCAUGUGCGCUCAGGGGUCCGCGUGGAGCAUGGUCUACUGCGAAGAGCCACCCCCCAACCCCGGCAGCAUAUCGCUGUUAUCGAGCCACGUCGGCGUGGGGGGGGACGUCCAUCUGCUGUUCAGCUCCUCCGAAGAAGUCACCAACAUUCAGUGGUUUUUGGUAAAUGUGAUUCAGAAACAGACGAGGGAACUUCAUAACGGCACGAAGACCACCAUAGUGACGACCGGCGCGGGCUCCGUCCUCAGCAUACGGGAGAUAUCCAGGAGCUGGGAAGGUGUAUACGUGUGCAGAUACAGGUAUCAGAAUUUACUGUGGCAGUCGAUCUUCACGUUCCACCUGCCGCUGCAGCCGGGAGAGAUCCGGACGAACCCCGCGUCGCUGACUCUUUGGAGAGAUGACCCUGAUUUCGGGGGGGUUACCCUGGAAUGCUGCAUCCUGGAUGACGGGGAGUUUUAUAACGUGGUCUGGGAGCCCCACAGCACCCCCGCAGACAUCGAGGUGAGGCACGGCGAGGUUUGCUUCUCGCUCUCUCUAGACGUCGCUCCGGAGAGUGAUACUCGCUACCGCUGCGUCUUCCAGGACAGCGCCAAUCGCUCUGUGGCCGUCGGCGUCCCCGUGGCGGUCAUACAAGUCACAGAUGUAUUCUGCCCCGUUGAAUAUGGUUAUAACGCCGUAUGGAAUGUCACCAAGGUGGGGCAAGUGCAGGAGAUUCCCUGCCCGCGGGGUAAAAGAGGCAGGGUAACCCGGAGGUGUUUGAAAGACGGGGAGUGGGAAGCCCCACAAGCCCAAUGCGUGGACGCCGCCCUGCUGGCCCUGCUGGGGCAGAUACAGCGGCUCCGGGCCGGGCUGGGAAUCCCGGAAGAGGAGAUUCCCGGGAAGAUUCAGACGUUGAGAAACUACACUCUGCGGCUGGAGAAAUCCGUCCAUUCCUUCUGGGAGGUCGUGACCUUGGUGGAGGCGAUACGGGGCAUCUCGCUGGCAGCCACCGAAAACCACGUGAAGAUUAACAGCAGCACCAUGGCGGACUUUGCGACCGCGUGCAGUCAGGUUUUGGACCUGGAAUCCCAGUCCGCGUGGGCCGAUGCAUUCAUUCGCUUCCCUUCGUUGGGGGCCGUGUUCAUGCAAUCUGUAGAGAACAUGACUAAGAGUCUAGAACCCAACGGGAGAAGUCUCAACCUCAUCCUGCCCAACGUUCAGAUGAAGGUUCUGGCGCUCAGCAACCUGUCAGCGAGCGACUACAACCUGACGUUCUACGCAAACCCCGCGGUGGAGGUGUACAUCAAGAACGCCACGUUACAGAGGCUCCUGGACCUCGGCAACCUCACGGCGGCCAGCGUGGUGCUUAGAAAACUGGCGCCGUUUCUUCCAGGUCAUUACGGCGAAGGCCUAGAGGACUCCAGUUACGUCACUAAAAGCAAUAUCCUCAUCAACGCGAUUGUAACACAGAACGGCAGCAUGAGACAGGCUGAUGUGGAUUUGGUUUUUGCCCAGGACUACGGGGUAAAUGACACGAGGACCGGCUUUGGUCGGUGUGUGUUUUGGGAUUAUACGUCCUUUGGAGGCGUCGGGGGAUGGUCCACCGAGGGAUGUCUCUCUUUCCCCGAAGAUAAUGACACUUUAUGCCGUUGCGACCGUCUGGCUUCCUUCUCGAUUCUGAUGUCUGCCUCCGAGGCCCCCGAGGAUUUCUCCCUGAAAUUUAUCAGUUACUUUGGUGUUGUGACAUCCGUCGUGUGUCUCGUUAUCUGCCUCGUCAUAUAUGCGGUGGAGUGGAAAUCAAUGGUCACCAAUGAAAUUUCCUUCUACCACCAAAUGGCUAUGGCCAACGUGGCCUCGUCUCUGCUCAUCGCUGACGUGUGGUUCCUGGCCUCGUCCUUCAUGGAGAAGAAUCACACCAACUCACUCUGCAUAUCCGCGGCCUUCUUCCAACAUCUAUUCCAUUUGGCGAUCUUCUUCUGGACGCUCUUCCAAGGCCUUGUUCUUCUUCAUCAACUCGUCUUCGUCUUUCAACAGCCCAGCAGACUGGCUGCCUCAGCCAUCAUGGCGGCCACCGGAUACCUCUGUCCGCUUGUAAUUGCCGUAGUGACUCUUGCUAUAUAUUAUCCCAUGAAGUCGUACAUCGAGGACGGAGCCUGCUUUCUCAACGGAGACAACGGAGCCAUACAUGCCUUCUCGAUACCCGUACUCUGUGUUGUUGUGGUGAACAUCUUCAUAGCGACGCUCGCGGUCUGGAAAUUACUGCGAUCCGCGGUCCCCGAAGGACCCGACGGGGAAGACAAAGAGGCGUUGAUGUCAAUCUUUAAAGCACUCAUCGUCCUCACAAUCGACUUCGGCCUGACCUGGUUGCUUGGAAUAAUAACCAUGGUCAUGGAUGUGGACGUUGUCUUCCAUUAUCUAUUUCACGUGACUUCAUUUCAGGGGCUGUUUAUCCUUCUACUCGGAUGUCUCACGGACAAGAAGAUAAGAGACGUGCUUUCCGAAGGGUGCCUGAAGCUUCGCGCCCGGUGUCCGGCUCUCCCAUCCUUAAACGUCUGCGGAAGAGACUCAUACUCCAUGGACCAGGGGAGCGAGGAACAGUCUUUAGAAAUCUACAAGCCGACGGAGAGCGGCGUGUCGGGCGACGGGUAA